AUGAAAUAUUUUUUUGGAGCUGUCCUUUUUGCUUACUUUAUCACAACACUUGCCAACUCUACAGUUAAACCGACGAGGGAAGCUCACUGCAAUGUGAAUAAUAACUACAACAGCUUCUACGCCGGUCCAAACUGUAAGAAAAUCGAGCAGCAGUUGGAAGAAAUACGACAAGAAAUCAGGGCAUUGAGAGAAAAUAAAACUACUGGGUCUGUGAACGGAAAAGGUUUGUAACAGCAACUUAAUUUGUGCUACAAAUAAAUAAAGUGGAUCCUCAUUGUCAUCAAUGUCUCUCUAAAAUGCCAUCAAAAGCCCUCGCAAAAUGUCGCUGAAUAAGUUCUUCAUUAGACUAUUUUCUCAACAAAUUAUUUAUGUCUACCUUGAAGAAUAACGCCCACAAAAAAAAAAACAAUAAUUCAAUCGGAUCGUCAUUUUGUUUUCAGUUUACAAGAACUGCGCUGAAGUUUACAAGUCCGGUGACAAGAUCAGUGGAGUGUAUAAAAUCAAUCCUGAUGGUUUGGGUGAAUUUGAAGUGUUCUGUGAUCAGAAAACAGCCGGUGGAGGUUGGACAGUGUUUCAGAAGAGGCGGGAUGGCUCUGUUGAUUUCUUCCGCGCUUGGGAUGAUUACAAACGCGGUUUUGGCAAUCUGAACGGUGAGUUUUGGCUCGGUUUGGACAAGAUUCAUCGUCUGACCGUAAGCGCUGGUUAUAAACUCCGUGUCGACUUGGAAGACAAUCAAGGAAAUACCGCAUUUGCCGAGUACAGCUCCUUUUCUGUGACAAGCGAGAGAGCGAAAUAUCAACUGAAUUUGGGAAGUUAUUCAGGUAAGUUACUCGAUUAGCAAAUUAAAAUAGUACUGAUAAGCAAAAGCAACAAUAACAAAAGAAAGAAAGAAAUUUGGUGCAAUUGAUUGCAAUUGGACAGUGGAAGUUAUCGUUGAUUUUUACAACAAGAAUUGACCUUAUUUACAAAAAUAAGAUCAUAUCAAAAAGUAGUAAAAAUGAUGAUUUUUCUGUUUCUUUUUUCUUUUCUUUUUUAUAUCUAUUUACCGACUGACUUCAUAAGCUAUUAAAUUAUAGGAGCCAUCUAACGCUUUAAAAAAGAAACAACAGAUGAAGGAAAAAAUACGUGAAAUUCGUUCAAUCUGGAAUACUAUGAACGUGGACAUUGUUUACGUUGAAGUGAAAUUACCCGUUUGCAAAAACUCUCCGAAAAAUGAACGAUAAAAGUAAGACCUAUAUUUUCCUUUUUUAUUUCUUUUCGUAGGAACCGCUGGUGAUUCGCUUGGCUCUCAUCGCGCUAUGCUAUUUUCUACCAAGGAUCGCGAUAGUGACAGGAACAGUGGUAACUGUGCCUUGAGUUAUAAAGGCGGCUGGUGGUACAACAAUUGUCACUACUCCAAUCUGAAUGGUCUGUACCUCAAUGGUAAGGACGACUCUAAAGGAAUGUCCUGGUACCACUGGAAGAACAACUACUACUCUUUAAAGACGUCUGAGAUGAAGAUACGUCCCCAAAAUUUCUAAAACAUGGCUGGGACUUUGUGUGAAGUGAAGCGUAUGCCUCUGGAAGUCGUAAUACAGUUAAAAUUAAGUAAUAGUCUUCUAGACAAAUGUAUUGAAAAAAGCCA